AUGGAACGGUGGGAAAACAAAGUGGUUGUUGUAACAGGAGCGAGUGCUGGUAUUGGAGCAGCGAUUGCCGCGGAUUUAGUAAAAAAUGGUUUUAUUGUGGUCGCCCUAGCUCGACGCGAAGAACGCCUCCAGGAAAAUCACCGAGCACUCCCAGAAAAUCUGCAAUCCCGCUACUAUCCCAGGACAUGUGAUGUUACCAGUGAAGAUCAGGUGAAGGAUACCUUCGCCUGGAUCAAAACCAAGUUCGGUGGGACUGAUGUUCUUGUUAACGAUGCCAGUAUGGGAGUUGUGGGUGUGGAGCUAUCAGCUACAAAUAAUACUGAGCCUAUUCGAAAUAUUCUGGAGACAAAUAUCAUGGGCGUUGUCUAUUGUGUGCGGGAGGCGUUCAAUUCAAUGAAAAAUCGAAACUUUGAUGGGCACGUUGUGAUUAUAAAUAGCAUAACUGGGCAUUAUGUUCCCAUUAUGCCUUUUGGCUCGAUUAAUUUCUAUCCUCCUUGA